AUGGAGGAGCUCCAACAGCAAGAGCUCGUCUCCCUUUGCGCCACCGACACCAUCGAGACCGGCUUCCAAACGCUGGUGAAGAAGGGCGUGCUGGGUGCGCCGGUCAAGGACGAGGCCACGGGCGAGUUCAUAGGCCUGGUGGACAUCAAGGACUUUGUGGGCUACGUGCUGCUCAUCUACGGCCAGGGCCGUGCCUCGGUGAGCGACCUCAACCUCCAGCAGGGCCUCCGCGUGCAGAGCAUCCUCAACCUGUCGAAGGCCAACCCGUUUGCGCGGGUCUCCUACGAGGCCUCGAUUCUGGACGCCCUCAAGGCCUUUGGCGCGGGGCUGCACCGGCUGGCCGUGACCCAGGACGGCCCCUCCAAUGUUGUCAAGAUGGUGAGCCAGAUGUGCCUCCUCCAGUUCCUCCUCCGCAACAGGGACAAGUGGGGCGGUGCGCUGAACCGGAAGGUGGGCGACCUGAAGAUCGGCAGCGAGCCGCGGACGGUGGCCUACGGCGAGGAGGCGCUCACAGCGCUAGCCAUCAUGGACCAGGAGCAGAUCUCCGGCACGGCGAUCGUCGACGACGCGGGCCGCCUCUACGGCAGCAUCUCCACGUCCGACCUCAAACAGGCCAGCGAGACCACCGAGGUGUUGACGGUGCCGCUGAAGGCGUUUUGGGAGGCGAUGAAGAAGCCGUUGGUGACGGUCUCGGAGGAGGACACGCUGGGCGCAGUCAUCGAGCGGCUGGUGCGCGGGCGCGUCCACCGGGUCUUCGUCGUGGGGGCCGACGGGCGGCCCACCAAGGUGAUCUCCACCACCGACAUCCUUGCCGCCCUCCUCGCCCUUCUCCUUCCGUAA